AUGACUCCCCUUGUGGCAGAUCCCCGCCAGCUCGUGGUGGUGCUCAACCCUGCCCGCCGCAAAGCGUUCUAUACCCUUCUGUACGAUAUUACGGGCUAUAUGCGCUCCCAGCUCGAGCUUAAAGACGGCAACCAGAACGCCUCGUCAACUGCAAACCCGGCCUCGCCAUCGCUUCAGGACCGCAACGCCCCGCUCUUCGUCCCGGACGCCGACCAGGGCGGUCGCAGCAGCAGCCCCAGCCACCCGGAUCGCGGAGGCUCCGGUGUGCACAGCGCCCAGCUCCGGAUCCUAAGGAGGGCGGCGCUGAAGCACUUUGACGAAUGGCGCAAGGACGUUCUGGAGAAGGUCAAAGAGAUUGCAUCGGCUAGAGACGAUGACAAGAUCCUUGAGGCCCGGAAGAAGCGACUCGAGGAGAUGGAGAAGCUGCAGCAUGAGUCUCCGGGGGUGGGUGAGGAUCUGAUCAACUUUGGAGACGCGCCAAAGGCUGCAUCGACCGAAGUCAACAAGGAGGUGGCCAUUCUGCAGGAGCACUAUCAUCCGAUUCCCAAUCGAUUCACUACCAUCUCGGUAGAGGACAGGAAAGAGGUUCUCAGCUGCCUUUUGGUCCUCGUCCUGUCUACUGGAAGCUACUCUGCGCACUCUAGAGUUUUGGCUCUGUACCUCACAUCUGCCUUUGGGCUCCCGUUGUCAACACUCAUUUCAGAGGAGACGGAGAUCGCCAAAUCCCUGGUUGAGUCAUCGACUUCGACUGAGAGCCAGAAGGCUAGCAUGUCGGCUGAGGCCGAGGCCGCGAAACGGCGCCAGGAGAACCAGAAGAGCCGUUUCUGGAAAGUCGGUCUGGCUUCGGUGGCCGGUGCCGCUGUGAUCGGAAUCACGGGUGGCUUGGCAGCCCCAGUCGUCGCAGGUGCGAUCGGUGGCCUCAUGGGAAGCGUCGGACUUGGUGGCGUCGCCAGCUUCCUUGGUGUCUUCUGGAUGAAUGGUGCCCUUGUCGGCACACUCUUUGGUGCCUUUGGCGCCAAGAUGACAGGCGAAAUGAUGGACACCUACGCCAAAGAGGUCGAGGACUUCCGCUUCAUCCCGCUCAAGGACGAAUGGGGCCAGGACUAUAAACGAGCCGACCCCGACGGCAAGCAGGGGGCACGGCUUCGCGUGACUAUUGGUAUCAAUGGAUGGCUGAAUGAGGAGGGCGACGUGACGAAACCCUGGCGCAGCUUGGGUGACGAGUCCGAAGUCUUCGCCUUGCGGUAUGAGAUGAAGUCACUCCUUGCUCUCGGUCGAGAAUUGGACAAUCUCGUGUCCUCAUACGCCUGGAGCUUUGUCAAGGUGGAAAUCCUCAAGCGAACCGUCCUUGCCUCCCUGUGGGCUGCGCUCUGGCCUGCCUACCUCAUUAAGGCUGCUUCGCAGAUCGAUAACCCCUUCAACCUAGCCCGCAACCGAUCCGACAAGGCUGGCCGAGUGCUUGCUGAUGCUCUUAUUGCCAAGGUACAGGGAGAAAGGCCCGUUACGUUAGUGGGCUACUCGCUUGGUGCACGCGUCAUUUACUCAUGCCUACGCUCUCUGGCUGAACGGCAGGCGUUCGGUUUAGUCGAUACCGUGGUUCUCAUUGGCGCCCCGGUGCCGUCCAACAGAGAGCACUGGCAGGUUCUCCGAUCCGUGGUAUCCGACCGCAUCGUGAACGUGUACUCGGAGACAGACUACAUCCUUGGAUUCUUGUACCGCACAACAUCCCUUCAGCUGGGAAUUGCGGGCCUGCAGGAGGUCAAGGACAUUGAAAGAGUCGAGAACCUGAACCUGAGCGAGGAAGUCAGCGGGCAUCUCCGCUAUCCUGGCUUGAUCGCCAAGAUCCUGACGCGGUGCGGCUUUCCCAACGUCAGGGACGGCGCUGGUGCCAUAGAGAAGGACGAAGACAUCAAGAUCACCGACGAGGAGGCGGGGUCGCAGAUGGGCGAGCUUAUGCAGCUGGAUGCCCAGCCUGAUCCGGAAGCAGAGCCGCAGCCGAUCAGGUCUAAGCAGACUGCGAGGUUCCCGAAUGAGCUACGGCAUCCGUUGCAUCCUGAUCCGCCUCAGCGGAAGAAGGUGCCGAAUCGCAACAAGGUGUCCAGAGGGGGUGCGGCCUCAGUCUCGCAGGCCUCUGAUCCCCUAGGAUCCGAGGGCGGUGACCCGUUGAACCUGAGUUCUCUAGGUCAAGCCAAGAAGAAGCCAUCUUCUCCUCACCACGAAGAUCUACUUAGUCUGAGCUCUCCACCUCUAGAGAAGCAGGAGCCGAGCAGUUCCAAGACCGCCGACCCCCUUAACCUGAGCUCCCUCGGCCAAAAGAACGAGGGGCAUUUCUCCUCCGAGGUUGCGGGUAAGGAUGGAGUGCAACAGAAGAACCCGGAACUUCCUCCUCGACCUGUCGCAGUUCAAUCGUUCCAAAGCGACGGCGCCCUGGACACACAUCACCAUCGUCCGGAACUCCCGAUUAGACCCAAGACUUUCCCGGUGCCAGUCCAGGAAGAGGAUUCCGAUAGCGAUAACGAGAGUUUCAAGGGGAUUCAGUUGGUCGACAAUGAUGGCUCGGGGGAUAUGAUGAGCUACUCGAAGCCCUUGAGGGCUGACGAAUAG